AUGGCAUCCGGCCUCAGGAAGGAACACUUGGUUCUGUGCAUCAUUAUGACUAUUUGUAAAGCAGUUUCCUUUGCAUGCUACUUUUGCGGCUGCAUUACAAAGCUGGUCUGGGCCAUUCUCAUAUUCAUCGUUUAUGCCAUUGACCUACCUGCCUACCUGUACCUAUCACUGAUGUAUUUCCAAUGGCUGGAUUUAUUCAGAGCAAUCACAGGGUCAGUCCUCCUUCUUGUUACUUCUCUUAUCUGUCUUAGCUGGGGAUGGGAAAGUUCCGGGGAAGUUGCUGGUUCGCAUUUUAUGACCCUUGUGCUUUCACCAUUGUUUCUUUCACACUUUUUUUCUUGCUUGCUCUUUCUUGGUUUGCUGGCAGCAGCAGUGCUUGGAUAUGAUGCCUUUGGCAUAAUCAAAUACAUAAAAAAUCCGAAACAGCAGGGGGCGACUGCGACUGUUAAUGUUAUGGUCCAAAAUGCGGUUCACUGAAUACAACAGCAACUCCUAAUGUUUUCACAUACUGUAUGUUUACAGUUGAUAUUUUUGCAUAUUUUUGUCAUUUCUUGUUAACAUCAAAAUCUAGAUUAAAAUGACAAAUUUUCAAAUGUUAUGACAUUUGAGU